GUGGUAGAAACAAGACACAAAUCACAGCAGCUUUCUCCAGUCAGCGAGGCAGAUCUCUGUUUAGGUCUCGCGUGACAAAAACCACACCAACAACAAAACAGUUUUUACAUUGCUCAUAGAAAAAGAGGAUCAAUUUCAUGGACUGAGCGGUUGCAUGGGUUUUUUUAUGAAAUCAAAAACUUUGCGAUGCCAAGUUUAGGACCAAAGAAGAAAGACAAUCUAUCCAGAAUGGAAAAGCACACUGAGGACUUUCCACAGUUGAGCAAUGAGAUGCAGCUGAACCUCAUGACUCGGGUGAAGACGGGAGAGUUGACUAUUGAAGAUGCUCUUAAAGAGGCACGGAAAGACAGGAAUCUGCCCAAACAGGAGAGCCUGGCUGAAGAGGAAGAGCAGCCCUCACAGUACAACUUCAGUGUUCGCAAGCACAACCACUACAGAUGGCAGAAGCGGGUUCUUCAGAUUGAUUUAAAGACCAAAAUGCUGUGCAGCAUUGAAAAAGGUAUCAUCAAGCGACAACUUCCCUUCUCCAUUGUCAAGAGUUGUGAUGAUGGAGUGGGUUCCAGGUUCUCCAUUUCCUUUAAAGGACAUCAUGAUUAUGAAUUGGAGGCCACUUCACUGGAGGACAAACACAAGAUGAUUCAACUCCUGAAUCAGAUCAUUUAUGGGAACAUAUACAGUGAUCCUGAAGAGAGUGAUGCAGAAAUGCAUCAGCAGCCUCAAGCAUCACAGACCCUUCAGCAAGGCGUCUUGUUACUGCACCGAGGCGGCCUGGCAUCAUUCAGAUGGGUGAAAUAUGAGGUCCAACUCCACCCAGGCCAGCUAACACUGGUCCCAUUCAGACGACGAGGCCCCACCGACGGUGAGGUGACAUCGUCCGUGCCCGUGUCGGUCGUGAUUCACCUGUCAGACGGAAACACCAGCGUACAGAAACCUCCCUGCUCAGACACUUUCACUCUGAUCACCCACAAAAAUGAGUACCAGUUCAAGGUCCCUUUACCAGAUCAAACUACUCCUCCUGGGGCUGUCCAGGAGCAGCGGGAUGCUUGGGUCCAGGCCAUUGACAAACUGUGUAAAGACUGGAAGAGGAAGUCCAGGGCUGAACAAAUGCCAGAGGAAAUAAGGGGUCUACAAAAUAUCAGCAUAAACGAAGACGCGGAGAACACCGACACAGAUCUUGAAUCAAAUGGUGAAAAUAUGACAUUCAAUUAUCCUCCAGCCGAUUAUGAAAAUGAAGAUCCCACUACUGCUGGUGGUGAUCAUCAAUCAGCUGAUGACAUGGGUCAAAGUCUCUCAGCCGAUCACACAACGCCUGUUCCUAAACCUCGCAGCACUGUGAAGACUGCUGUUCAGGUUUCCGGGCCUAAAGUUUUGCCUCCCCACCCAUCACCGACCUCUCCCAUUGGUGUUGUUGCCUUAUCUUCACCCACCUCCCCUCAACCCUCGCCCCCCAACAAUGCCCUCACAUCCUCUCCCACAGUCCCAGAGAGUCUUACCCAGGAAUCAGGCUCUUCAGUGGUGAAAGUGCUUGCACCCCCAAAAAUCCCAUUGCCCCCACCUUUACCCUUCAAACUGAGGACAAAUUCAAGAAAACCAUACACCAAGGCUUUCCACUGGGAUGUAGUUGGCUCAGAGAAGAUUGCAAAAUCAUUUUGGAUACAAAAAAGCAGCAAGAGGAUUGAAAUCGACACAUCGCGCUUAUAUGAGCAAUUUGCUGUUAAAGAUCUGGGGACGUUUGAAGCGGCUGAGCCGAGUAAUACCCAGCAUAUUAUGCUCAACCAGAAGAUUGCACACAACUUCAACAUUUUCCUCAAAAGUUUUCCAGUGCAACCGGGAGAGCUGAAGGACAAACUGUUCAUCAUUAAUGAGGAAGAUGGAGGCCUGUCUGAUGAGCACAUCACCUCUCUGAGGAGGUACGUCCCCACCAUGGAUGAUGUGGAAAUGUACAAAUCUCACAAGGGCCCUGUGACAGAACUGCAUAUUGUGGACCAGUACAUGAUGGAGAUGUGCAACAUCCCCUACCUGAGCACACAACUCGACCUGCUGCUGACUCUGAGAGAGCUCCCGAUCAGCAUGAACGACCUGCAGCCUCUGAUUAACCAGAAGAUCAGAAUGUGCACACAGCUGAACAACUCCAGGUCAUUUGUUUCCGUGCUGGAGUACCUCCUCGCCAUUGGCAAUUACCUCAACGAGAACGCCAGAAAGGAAAAGGCCAAGGGAUUCCGCCUCUCCUCCUUAACUAAACUCUCCCAGCUCCGUGGGAGAGACAGGAAGUUCACCUUGCUCCAUGCCCUUGUGGAGCAGAUCAUGUUGCAUGAACCGUGCUUGGCCACUUUUACCCAGGAGUUGGCAGAAUUUGAAACUGUCCCUGGAGCUUCCAUCAAGGGUCUGACCGCAGAAGUAGAUGUCCUGAAGAAUGAACUGCAGAAAGUCAUUCAGUACAGGAAAGUGUCCAAGAAGAGAAAUGCAGGAGUUCAACAGCCAAACUUCGAGAGAGAACUGAAGAUGGCAAUUGAAAAAUACAAAACGGAUCUCUCGGCACUGACGAAGAUGUGUGAGGAGAUGAAGAAACUCUACUCUGUCAUACUGGUUAAAUUCGGAGAACCAGCGGAUCAAGACUCUCAGGAGCUCUUUGGGUUGAUUUGUCAGUUCAUUCACGAGUUCAAGAGGGCCCGUGCUGAAAUGAUAUGAAUUAUACUCUACAGAGUACAUAUUGCUUACCACUGAGACAGCAGUGAUUAUUCAUUAUUAGUCACAGUUUAGAAAGAUGAAGAUACAAAAAUAUUAGGAUGCUUUGAAAUAUAAAAUGUUGCAUGGAUUUGUUUGUACAGAUGUUUUUUUUAUAAUGGGCACUGAAUUUCAUUCAUAGUAUAGACAUACAGUAUGAAGUGUAUAGUGAUGCUGAUGCAUCUGGAUGACAGGAUGACAAUGCCAGUGAAAAUCAAUUUUGUGAAUAUAAAACUGAUCUAUCACAUUA